AUGUCUGCCCGUCCGUAUCGAUCCAAAAGGCACCGUCCUUGCGAUCAAUGCCGUGAGAGGAAGCUUGGGUGUCAGACCGACGGCGGUCUCCCGUGUGUACGCUGUCGGACCGCUGAUUUACCAUGUACCUUUGAACAUCCACCACCUAAGAGGCUUCGACGAGAAUCAUCCGGGAAUUUAGAGACUCAUAGGGCUUCCGCCACCUCAUCUGCCGAUCCUGAAUUAUCCUUUUUGCCCCCAUCAUGGGAAGAUCAGCCUGACCAUCCCCCGUCACAUCUUCCCUCCCGGGGUGCUUCGGUCACCAACGCCGUCCCCGAACCGGCCUUUACGCGGUUGGAGGAUGUGCCAGGUGGUGUUUCCCCUGCGUUAUCGAACCAUCUGGUUACAGUUGGCCGAUAUCCAACGCAAUUUGUGCAAAGCCUCGAUCAGCUGGAAGGCUUUUCGGCCCAAUUAUUUGGGGCGUCCGCCGAGUCGGAUCCGUGGCUCCUGCGGCAUUGCUCGUUUGACGAUGCCGGCGUGAAGUGCUUUUACAAGGUCCACUUCCGCAAUGCAGGCGGUGUUCCGACGGCGGACAAGAUCCCCGUUCAUUUUAUGCUGGCCGCCGAUGAUUUGGCGGCCUCGGCCAAACAGGAGACAUCCUGUCGAUUCGGCGGCGACACCACGCGAGAAGAGCUCAAUCGCUUGGUCCCUCACGAUUAUGGCCAGAGAUUGGUGUCGUUGUUCGUUAAGUAUGUCUAUCCGGCUUUGCCACUCAUAUCCCGCUCUCAGAUGGGGUUAACUGCGUCGUGUUCCAUCCCCGAGCCCGGGGCCCUGGAGCGCACGCCAGUGCAUCUGCUUGCCGCAGUUUAUGCAUCGGCUCUGCCGUUUGCCGCCCAUGAUGACUAUCUGUGUGUACUGCAGACGUACAACGCUCCUCCGGCAGACAGGCUCUGGCGCAUGGCGUACGAGCUAAUUUCUGAAGAGGUUCAUACACCACAUUUGGCUGUUCUGCAGGCGGCCUUGUUGUACCUGCAUAGGCCGCUCGACGAGUCCCGCGCUAGCUUAGCGGACACGCCAUUUGUCUGGUCGUUUGUCGGCACGAUUGUGGGCCUCGCCGAGACACUGGGGCUACACAUCGAAUGCCGCAUGUGGGGGAUUCCGGCUUGGGAGAAGCGCCUGCGCCGCCGGCUGUGGUGGGCCGUCUACGCCGAAGACAAGUGGCGAAGCUUGCUGAUGGGCCGACCGCCGUAUAUUCACCGGAGUGAAUGGGACGUCAGCGAGCUUGAUGGAGCGGACUUUCUCUACCAUACCAGGGGGGCAUCCUCAUCCUCGUCGGGGGCCCACCAGCCGCAAGACCCUUCGCCGUUUCGUUAUUUGGUGGAUCUCUCUAGCAUCGCGGAGCAAAUUUAUGAAUCAUUUUAUACACUUCGCAAAUCACAAUACUUGUCCGAGAGGUUUCGCGUUUCACACGACACCGGCCGGCCGAUAUUGGAGAAACUAAAUGACUGGUACUCGUCCCUACCGGAGAGCUUCCGGCUUCCCAACUGGAGCAAGUCUGUUAGUGGACUCGCACCAUAUCCCACCUCCAUCCACUUCGCCUAUCUGAUCCUAGUUCUGUUUGUCUACCGAGCGCUCCUUCGGCCGAUGGCUCGGUCAUCCAGUCCGCCGUUGAUUUUUGAUCUCGACGAGCUACCCACAAACCCUUCAGCGUUGGAAACAGCGGUAGAUGAUUCACCUGUCCUGGACUUUCUUAAUAUGCCUGAGAUCGAGUCCUUCCCGGCGGUAGAGCUAUCCGACCACAGCACGGGCGAGACGACGUUGAACUCGGCGGAGCGCUGCGCAUCAAUCGUAAUUAGCUUUACGCGGCGGUUGACGUCGAGUGACUUCACCGGGUUCUGGUACUCAUGGUCCCGCAUCGGCUUCGCCACCGUCUCUAAUUUCACCCUCCUUCUCUUAGUCCAAGCGCCCAAUUCCGAACGGGCAGCAAAGGGAAAACAACUUGUUGAUUCUUGGCUACGCGUGCUUCGUUGCCAAUGCCAAAGCUUCCCAAUGAUGAAGCUCGGCUUAACCCGACUGGACGCGAUGCAUUGGGUAGGGCUAGGGCAGACGUUCGUUCUGCCCCAACAUGUACAAGAUGUCAUUCAAUCAGCGAGCAAUUAG